AUGGUAACUGGCGAAUAUGCAUAUGGUGUGCAGGAGACACAUUCAGAAAAGAAAUGCGAAAAGAUGAUCAGAAAGAAACGAGAGGACGACGAAGGCACCAAAUGGCGACACAAAAAAGAGUCAGAAGAUGACGACCAACAUAUCGAGGAAUUUAAACUUUUGUGUGAUGAUGACACCCACGACAAUAGUCCACGGAAUAUUGAUUUUGGCCUGAGACCGACAACACUACGUCAGGCGAAUGAAAGCUCCGGGGACAUCAGGUCUCUGCGGGUCCUCUCCUCUCUGUCUCCCCUCACCGUCCUCCCUUCCCCCUCCUCUCCAAUUCCCCUCCCCCUACCCUCAUCCUCCGCCCCCUUCCCUUCUCUUCAAGAUCCUCUCCUCUCUCCCUCUCUACGUCCCUCCUCACCCCUUCCCCUUCUCCUACCCCUACCCCUGCAUCCCCUUCCCUCACCCCGCGCCCCUUCCCCCUCCCCAUCCCCAUCUCUCACCUGCACCACGUCCCUCUCCCUUUCCUCACCGUCCCUACUCACCCCUUCCCCUUCCCCUUCCCCACCUGCAUCCCUUUCCCUCACGCUGCAUCCCUCCCCUUCCCUCACCCUGCACCCCUUCCCCCCCCCAACAUUUCACCCUGCACCACCUUCCCUCCCCCUUCCUCUCACCCUGCGUCCCCCUAUCCCUCCCCUUCCCUCCCCUUCCCUCCAAGGUUCUCGUUCCCUUCCCUCCGAAACCCUCCCUCCGUUGCAGGAGCUUGCAGUCUCGAUUAACCGAAUUCCCUUUGUUGAGGCGGCCGCCAGGGGGGAGGAGGAAGAGGAGGCGGAGGAGGAGAAGGAGGAGGAGGAAGAAGACCCAGGUCUGAUCAGUGAUUUCAAGAUAAACGAUGACAUCCUGAAGUAUAGCCGAGGCUACGGAAACAUCACCUCACCCCCCCCCUCCCACCACCACCACCACCACCACCCCUCAACAGCUCACGCCGCCGGCGAUUUCAGCGAUCUCCCUGAUGAUGUGAUUAUGAAUCAUGAAACGCCCCUCGGGAACCAUAUCGCUCCUUCGUCGGAAGACUUCAUCGGCUGCCCAUCUCCUGACGAGGGACGAGGCGACGACCACGACGACGAGGAAGAGGACGACUCUCCGACCGCUGCCCUUCACGAACUGCGGCGGAGGGCCAUUGCGAGGAAGAACAACAACAAAAUAGGUAGAGGAAGAACAACAACAAAAAAGCAGAGGAACAACAACAACAACAACAAAGCAGAGGAAGAACAACAAAACGCAGGGAAAGAAGAAGAACAACAACAAAAAGCAGGGGAAGAACAACAACACACAGAGGAAGAACAGAAACAACAAAAAAGCAGAGGAAAAACAACAAUAACGCUGGAAAAGAACAACAAAAUGCAGGGUAGAACAACAACAGAAACAAAAAAGCAGGGGAAGAACAACAACACGCAAGGGAAGAACGACAACACUCAGAAGAACAUCAACACACAGGGGAAGAACAACAACACGCAGAAGAACAACACGCAGGGGAAGAACAACUACAAAAAAGCAGAGAAAGAACAACAAAAUGCCGAGGAAGAACAACGACAAAAAGCAGAGGAAGAACAACAAUACGCAGGGAAAGAACAACAAUAA